AUGGAAAACCAAUUUGAACUUGAGUAUGCCAAUAGUAAAUCUGAAGUAAUUCUUGACAAAUGUUUAACGAUGAUGCGUCCAGAAGGACUUGAACAAUUUCAUUUCCGAAUUGAAGAGCAAUUUUAUAAAGUUAAGGUAGAAUAAAAUAAAGUAGUUUUGAUUGAAGAGAAGGAGGGAGAUGAUUUAUAGACAAUGAUUGCUUAUUGGAUUCAAGAACAUUAAUAAAGGAAUAAUAAAGAGAGAUCUAAUUAUUCCAUAUUUUGUGGAGCACGAGAACUAGAAUCAUUAUUAUGCCAUUUAUUACAUUUUAACUAAAUUAAGAGUAAUUCUAAUGAAUAAAUAGGCCGUUUUUAAUAUCCCAUAAAAGUUGAAUUAGAGAGUGAGAAAUUAAAAUAGUAUUUUGAAUAUUGGUUGAAUUUAUGCUCAAGAGAACUUAGCAAUCAGUUAUACAGUGAUUGUAAAAUAACAUACAAACGAGGUCAUUAUAUUCAUUCAAGGCAUAGAUAAGUUUUAUAGUGGUGGAGAAGUUCGAAUAAUGCAUGUUCCAGAAUAAUUGCGUUGCUAAUUGCAUUUUCUCAAAAUUUUUACACUAUCCUCAUUAAUCCUCUGGAGGAAUACGCAUAAUUAAUUUUGGAAGUACUAUAAAAGGCAGAAAGUAUAAUCUAAUAACUUAUUAAAUAAUAAAUAGAAUUUCAAACUGAAAUCGAUUUCUUUACUAUUCUUGUCAAUUAGUUUUGUACUGAUGAUCCAAUAGCUUCUUCCAUCUUUUGUGUUCUUUCAUAUGUUAAUAAAGGUAUCUCAAUAGAUGAAAUGUUGGCCAGUUGUUCAUGCACUCAAGAGCAAUUCAUCAAAGUUUAUGAUUUCUUCAAAGUAACCUUAACAAACAUUAUUAAAUAGAUUUGUUUCCUAGAGAAGAAUCAAGUCUACUCGAUCUAUAUACUUACUAUGAGAUAAGCAAUCUAAUAAAUCCAAUUUAAUAAAAACCUGUAUGAGUAAUUCUUAUAAAUUAUCGAACAUUCGCCCAACUCCACUAGAAAAUUGGAAGAACUCAUUCAAUAAUACGCUAAAAAUAAAAAAUUCUUUAAACUCAAAGAAAUAAUUAUUAAUAUAGAACAUUUCCUUAUUCUCUGGAAUCCUUAUAAUAAAUUUGAAUUAUGUUAAUUAUGGGAUAUGCUUGAAUAAAAUGGAUGUGAUUUGGUUAUGGAAUAUAAUAAAGCCGUAGAGAAUUUCUAAGCCAUCUACAAACCUUCUACGGAAGGAUUGUUCUUCAUUAUGUUAUAAAUUUGCAUAUUUCUGAGAGAAUUCUCCAAUUUCGAGAAAGACGGCACUCCUGCAUAUAAGCAUCCUUUAUUGAGAGGUUAAUCAAUAGAAUUCGAAGAAGUUGGAUUAUAUGGCGAAUUAAGUUAAUUGAAAAUGUUGUCCAAGAAAAAACCAAAAUAACAAUUGAAUGAAGAUUAUUUCUCAACAUUAAUAAGUACUGUCUAAUUGGAGAAUCUAAAUUUGGACAUUAAAAAUAAUCGAGAUUGCUUUAUUAAUUAUUAUUAAUCUUAAUUUCAUCCAAACAUUUUACAAGAAUAUUUACAAACCAAAUAAGACUUCUUAAGAGAGAAAUUAUUAAACACGUUUAAAGAGAUGGUUAUGGGUUCAAUUCCCAUGGCAUUAACUUAAAAGAAUAAUUUCUCAAAACUUAUGCAAUUCUAUGGGAAAGACUCUACUUAAUAUAUGUCCAUUCAGGAAGAAAUGUAGAUUAAUCAAAAAGCAAUUAGAUUGGUCAUCAAUGCCAAGAGUUUCAAGAACAAGUCAAUACAAAAAUUACCAGAAAUUAGACACCGCUAUUAUAGUCCAAUGAUAAAUAAAGUUGAACCAGCGAGAAGAAUUAAUUAGUCUUUAGAAAAAGUAUUGACAGAACACCUUCAAUCGGAAGAAGAAUUUUGCCUGAGAACAAAAAGAAAGUGUUUAAAUCAUUAAAAUUAAUAGUUGAAGAACAAAUUACAGGAAUUAAAAACAGUUAAAUAAAAUCUAUACCCCCAAGAGGCGACGAUAGAAGCCUAUAGAUUGAAUGACUUAACAAAGACACAGGGAGAUGAACUGAAGAAGCAGAUGGACAAUUUAUAGGGAGUGUAGGAUGAAAUGAAAAGAAUGUAACGGUUUUAAAAUUAUGUCAAUUCAAUUAAGAUUAGAAUGAAGAGAGAGUGUAACAAUUAUUCAGACAUUGUAAGAAUUUGGAUAGGAUGA